AAUUUGGAUGUGUAACGGGGUAGCCUCGCAGGCUGGGUUGUAAGAUGAUUCGCCAAGUAGUCUGUCAGUAUUUUCCACGGUUUCCUUCGUAAACCGUAUGUGGCCGUUCUAUUUAUUCAGGUGUUCGUGAAAAUCGUCGAUUGCGUCUUUGUGUAAGGCUGUAAAAGUGUCGUCGACGUAGCUAGCCAGAGCGGUCGCGUUCCUUCGUAAGUUGUAAGGGCUUGUUCCUUGAUGUUUAGCAUGACGAUUUCUGCUACAACAACGGAAACUGAUGAGCCCAUAGCUGUUCCGCGCAUUGCUCGAAGAAUGAUUCCUGCGCUUUAACCUCGCUAAUUUUCACUCUCGAAGCUGUCGAAUACUUCUGACGUAUGCGUUUUCUUUUAAAUUUUAAAACAUUUAGCUUGAACAUCCAACCGUUACCAAAUAGGUGUCGAAACACUUUGAUUAACCCCUCUCCUAAGUGGAUUAUCGCAGGAAAAUUGGCGUAAGUAGUCUCGUUUACCACCCAACAGUGAAAUGACAGGUGUCUUUGUUGUUCAUCACGCCAGCAUAACAGGACGAGUAAUAAACUAAUCUAGUGGUCAUCAAAAUAACUUAGAGCAACGAAAAAGUGAUACCGCAACAAAGACAUCUGUCAAUGUUACAUCGGCGCAGAAGUCAUUUACGUAAUUUACACAAUUUACACCACUGACUGAGAUAAGAUGAGAUGAGGUGAGAUGAGAUGAGAUGGGAAGAGAAGGGAAGAGAAGAACGGAAUUUUCUGAAAAUGUUGAAGUCGCUAGCAUACUAUGUAUGCUCACUGGGGACACCCUACUACAAUUACUUAUCUAGUAAUUAAUAAAAUAUGAAAUAUAUAUACCUAUGUAAGUAAAAAUGCGGGUAAAAAGGAAAUGCGAAUACAUGAUUGAAAUAAAUCCCCUAUUACAAGGGUGUUUGGUAAUAUGGAGCUUUAUCUCUACAUUGCCUGUAAGCCUAAUGGUGACAAUACUAAUAUAAUACAAUCCCGUUCUUUCUCUAGACGAGAAGCUACAUCCAUCUUUUUGACAAAAUGCACUCAAAUUUGGUUUGCUGUGGCAUCGAUCCUGGAAAGUACGCUUGUGCCUUUAAAGUAUAGUUAUUCCAACCUCAGUGAGGCUUUCCUGCGAUCCCAUAACGCUGGGUGCUAUGACAAUGCGUUUCUUCUCCUGUCAUUGCCAAGUAUUGGUGCGCGAGUCGGAAUCAGAAUCUUGCGGUACGACCUCAGCGACCACGAGCCGACAAAGAUGUUUGCGACGCCGUAUCGUCGUUGCGAUCGUCACAUGCGGCGAUUUAUAAACAAGGGAAAUGACAUAAACACUGCCAAAGACAUGAAGCUUGCUAUUGAAUCGUAUGGUGGGGUCAAGGGCUGUUAUGCCACUGUUGCAGAAAUUCAAGAUCCUUUUCAAAGUGUGACGAAACAUAGCGUGACUGGUAUUCAAGCACCGAACAAUUUUCUGUUCGAGCCCGCUGGACUGAGAGCUUGGAAAGCAUACAAUGUGGGCACCGGCAAGAUUUUUUCGCUCGCACAGCUUUAGAAGUAUGGUAUUCCACAAGGUCCCACAGGAAUCCAAGAGCUUCAGCCAUUUAGCCGACCAUCUCAAGAUGUCGGCACGUUUCGUGCAGUAGCAACUCAGGCCCAAGAUGUCGGACCAUUAACCCCAACGGAGGUACAAAUAAGCCGGUCAGAAGAAGCAGAGUCAGCAACUCGAUCGGUUGCUUCUUAUUCGUGCCCAGAACAAGGCUGUGUAAAAAUCUACCAAGAAUUUAAAAGUCUACAGUCACGUCUUGAUGUUGGUCGCCACUUAAUCAAGUUAGAAAGAGAAUCUGACUAUGACAGCAUUAUAGCAAAGUGGGCGGAAACCUGUAAACCUGUCACUGGAGACUAUGUGCAAGCUAGGUGAAAUUAGUGUUGCACCGUCAGUGGCAUAAUCGCCUUCAGUAUCAGCU